AUGAGGGGAGAGAAUGUCGCCAAGGUCAGUGCAUUCAUCCUGGUGGGCUUCCCCACAGCCCCCGGGCUGCAGUACAUGCUCUUCCUCCUCUUUCUGGUCAUGUAUCUCUUUGUCCUGGUGGAGAACCUGGCCAUCAUCCUCACCAUCUGGAGCAGCAACUCCCUCCAUCAGCCCAUGUACUACUUUCUAUGCUCCAUGUCUUUCUUGGAGAUCUGGUAUGUAUCUAACAUCAUCCCUAAGAUGCUGGAUGGAUUCCUCCUGCAACAAAAACACAUCUCUUUCAUAGGAUGCAUGAUUCAGCUCUACUUCUUUAUCUCUCUAGUAUGCACCGAGUGUGUGCUCCUGGCGUCCAUGGCCUAUGACCGCUACGUAGCCAUCUACCACCCCCUGCGCUAUGUGGUCAUCAUGUCCACUGUCCUUUGUGUCCAGCUCGUGGGCUUUUCCUUUGCAAGUGCCUUCACUGUCUCCGUGAUCAAGGUCUACUUUAUCUCCAGUGCCACGUUCUGUGGCUCCAAUAUCCUGAACCACUUCUUCUGUGACAUCUCCCCCAUUCUCAAGCUGGCCUGCACAGACUUCUUGACUGCAGAGCUGGUGGAUUUCGUCCUGGCCAUUGUCAUCCUGGUGUUCCCACUCAUAGCCACCGUGCUGCCCGAUGCACACAUUGUGCUGGCCGUCCUGCACAUCCCCUCUGCCACUGGCCGCUGGAGAGCCUUCUCCACCUGUGCCUCCCACCUCACCGUGGUCACUAUCUUCUACAUGGCCAUGAUCUUCAUAUACGUCCGGCCCCAGGCCAUUGACACCCGGAGCUCUAACAAGCUCAUCUCUGCUGUUUACACAGUGCUCACUCCAAUCAUAAACCCUCUCAUCUACUUCGUGAGGAACAAGGAAUUUAAGGAUGCCUUGAAAAAGGCUCUGGGCUUAGGCCAAGCUCCUCAAUGGGACAUUUGA